CAGUUAGCCAUCCUUGAGCCUUCCCUUCUCACUUCAUCUAACUAUGGUCUGAAGAGGAAACCAUGAAUCUCCGAGGCGUUUUUCAAGAUUUCAACCCUAGUUUAGCAGCAUUAAACAGUGAAGCGAGCGGAUUGUUGUUCUGUGUCUCAGUCAGGCCCGUCUCGUGAUCCUGACAGAAAUAGUUCCUGAUCUACGCCUGUCUGCUGCUCUUCUCCGUGCUGCUGUCUCUGAGGCUGGAUGGUGUCAUCCAGUGGAGCUACUGGGCUGUGUUUGCGCCCAUCUGGCUCUGGAAGCUCAUGGUCAUCAUCGGGGCUUCUGUGGGCACCGGGGUUUGGGCACACAACCCACAGUACAGGGCUGAGGGUGAGACGUGUGUGGAGUUUAAGGCCAUGCUGAUCGCUGUGGGGAUCCACCUGCUCCUGCUCACCUUCGAGGUGCUGGUGUGUGACCGUGUGCAGCGGGGCUCACACUUCUGGCUCCUGGUCUUCAUGCCGCUCUUCUUCGUCUCGCCCGUGUCAGUGGCGGCGUGCGUGUGGGGGUUCAGACACGACCGAUCGCUCGAGCUGGAGAUUCUGUGCUCUGUAAAUAUUCUUCAGUUCAUCUUCAUCGCUUUGAGACUGGAUAAGAUCAUCAGCUGGCCGUGGUUGGUGGUGUGUGUGCCGCUGUGGAUCCUCAUGUCCUUCUUGUGUCUGGUGGUGCUGUAUUACAUUGUCUGGUCUGUGCUCUUCCUGCGGUCCAUGGAUGUCAUCGCAGAGCAGCGGCGCACACACAUCACGAUGGCGAUCAGCUGGAUGACCAUAGUGGUGCCCCUGCUUACUUUUGAGGUUCUUCUCGUUCACAAGCUGGACGGUCAUUACAACUCCAACUACGUCCCGGUGUUUGUUCCUCUCUGGGUUUCUCUGCUGACUCUGAUGGUGACAACGUUUGGCCAGAAAGGAGGCAAUCACUGGUGGUUCGGCAUUCGCAAAGACUUCUGCCAGUUUCUUCUUGAACUCUUCCCCUUCCUGAGGGAAUAUGGCAACAUAUCGUAUGACCUGCACCACGAGGACUCAGAGGUGUCCGAGGAAUUACCCAUCCACGAGGUGCCUAAAAUCCCUCCCAUUUUUCGUAAGAAGACGGGUGUGGUGAUCACCCAAAGUCCUGGCAAAUACUUUGUGCCACCGCCCAAACUGUGCAUCGACAUGCCAGACUAACAUUCAAAACUCUGUCCUCGUUCGGCUGUUCGUGAACAGUACAGCACUAUGCUCUGGGCUCUGCUUCAGGACGAACCAUUUAAGAAGAAAAACACAAUCCUACUACACUGAUGCUUCUUCUCAAAGAAGAACCGCUGUGUUUGAGCUUAGCUCCCAAACGUUUUUGUAUACAAUAGCCUUGUGUCUGUAAAAUCCAUAGAUGGGACCUGUUGCCUUCUGGAGUGGAGCAUUUGAACUUUCCUGACAACUCACUCAAAGGAUUUGCAGAGAGACUGUCUAAUCUGUAAAUAAGCAAAGUGUUUUGUUUUGUACCAAGUGUGUGUUUUUCUGUAUUUUAAAUCCAUGGCAUUCAGUUACUCAUUUGUCACUCUUAAGAUAUAUCUAGCUUUGUUAACACUCGUUCUGAAUCUGAAAGAUAUUUCUCUGUGGGAAUACACGACAGUUCCUCAUUUCCACUUUGAUUUCAGGUAUAAAAAGCUUUAUUUACAUGAAGCUGGAGUGGAUUUAUUAAUUUCUUCAUCUGAUUGGCUGCUGCCGUAUGUGACCGAGGCAAGCCAAUGAAAACCAUUCGAAGAUUGAUGAUGUCAGUGCAGAGAACUCUCUGGACUUUCACAAUUUCACUCGAGUGUGAUCGCAAGAAUGUCAAAUAUUCAUUACAGUUACUAGGCAAGCUUUAUUGAAAAUACAACCACUAUCUGUAUAUUCCCUGUGUGUUGAGUUCAUUGAGUUGGCCUCUUACAGUAACAGUUCUCAGUGUUCUUUUAAUCCCCUUUUAAUUACUAUUUAAGUGUUGACUAGUUGUAGUAUGUAGCGUAUCCUACACCCAAAUCUGAAAACGUAUUUUAAUGUUGCAUACUAUCAUCUGAGACGAUAUGAGAUAUUGUCCUCUUGUUCAAUGGCUAGACAAAUUCUUAAUUCACUUUCUCAGCUGGUCUGAGUGUAAAGCUAUAGAAAUGUGGAUGUGGACCAAUGUUACGGUUUUACACAGUUGCCGCUCUCGACGUCCAGUGUGUCCAUUCCUUUGUAAAGGCAAGACGUACCGUAGCUCUCGACAGUGCCUCACAUUAAAAUGUUAUCAUGCAAA